AAAUAAUUGUGGGUUGAAAAAAAACUAGCUGACAUCAUCACCUCAUCGAUAAACAUCAGCGGCACUCCAAUCGAACCGAGCCACUAAACAAACAACCAGAAGAUGGUGAGGCUUCGGAGCGGGGGCGAUUCGGGCCCGGGCCCGGGCCCGGACGAAGCAGGCUCAAGUGGAGAUCAUGGCGGAAUCCGGCGAUUCCCGCUCGCAGCUCAGCCGGAGAUAAUGAGAGCCGCAGAGAAAGACGAUCAAUACGCUUCUUUCAUCCACGAAGCCUGCCGCGACGCCUUCCGUCACCUAUUCGGUACAAGAAUUGCUCUAGCUUACCAAAAAGAGAUGAAACUUGUUGGGCAGAUGCUUUACUUUGUUCUGACGACUGGUUCAGGGCAACAAACUUUAGGAGAGGAGUAUUGUGACAUUAUACAGGUUGCUGGACCUUAUGGGCUCUCUCCCACACCAGCUAGACGCGCUUUGUUCAUACUGUAUCAGACUGCAGUUCCGUAUAUCGCCGAGAGGAUUAGCUCAAGAGCUGCCACACAAGCGUUUACCUUUGAUGAGGAUGAUCAGUCACCAAGAAUGACUGAUCAUCCGUCUUCAGCUUCUUCUGUAUUAUCUAGGUUUAAAGAUAGACUUGAGAGGUUCUGGCACCGAGCUAUUCGAAGAUGGCCUGUGGUUCUCCCUGUUGCCCGUGAAGUCUUACAAGUGCUUCUCCGUGCUAAUUUGAUGCUCUUCUACUUUGAAGGUCUAUAUUAUCAUAUAUCGAAACGUGCCUCUGGGGUUCGUUAUGUAUUCAUAGGAAAACAAUUGAAUCAGAGACCUAGGUACCAAAUUCUCGGGGUUUUCCUUCUAAUCCAACUGUGCAUCCUUGCUGCUGAAGGCUUGCGUCGGAGUAAUUUGUCAUCUAUCACAAGCUCAGUUCAGCAGGCGUCUCUAGGAUCUUAUCAAACCUCAGGAGGGAGAGGGUUACCUGUUUUAAACGAAGAGGGAAAUUUGAUUACUCCAGAAGCUGAUAAGGGAAACUGGUCUCCCUCCGAUGCUACUUCAACUACGGAGGCAGUAGGAAAUUGCACUCUCUGCUUAAGCAGCCGUCAGCACCCGACGGCCACUCCUUGUGGUCAUGUAUUUUGUUGGAGCUGCAUUAUGGAAUGGUGCAAUGAGAAGCAAGAAUGCCCUCUUUGUCGAACACCCAACACCCACUCAAGUUUAGUUUGUUUGUACAAUUCUGAUUUUUAAGCUCAAACAAGGACAC